ACGAAUCCUGAACAGAAGUUGCAAAUUGUCCAGGAAGUCCAACGACGUGGUGAAACAGUGGCGGUGACCGGUGGAGGUGUCAACGAUGCACCAGCGCUCGCACACGCCAACAUCGGCAUCGCCAUGGGUCUGUGUGGCAGCGAUAUUGCCCGUCAGACAGCCGACAUUGUUCUACUGGAUGAUAACUUCGCUUCGAUUGUAAUGGGAAUUGAAGAAGGACGACUCCUCUUUGAUAAUCUCAGGCUCUCUCUAGCGUACACAUUUGCCCAUCUGUGGCCGGAAAUCUUUCCAAUUAUGCUCACGUUUAUACUCGGAUUACCUCAAGGGCUAUCGCCAAUGCAGAUCCUCUCUAUCGAUUUGGCGUCUGAAAUGCCGCCAGCUGUGUCGCUUGCUUAUGAACAACCCGAACAGGACAUUAUGCUAACUCGCCCACGUAGUAGGAAAACUCGUCUCCUCUCAAAGGGGCUACUUGUUUACGCAUAUCUUUUCGCCGGUACUGGGAUCACCAUCGGCUGCAUCGCGGCGUACUUGAGUGUGUACUGGUAUCACAACAUCACGUUCAAUGACUUAUUAUUCACCGCUGAACAUCACUGGAAAAUUGGCGCUGUGAAUUUCACCACCAGUGAUGGUGUGGUCUACGAUGAGGCUCAGCAGUUGUUCAUAAAAGGGCAGGCUGCUGGUGCUUGGCAGGUGGUGCUCGUCAUGUCGCAGAUCCUCCUACUAGUGAUGUUCGUCUAUACACCGGUCAGUCAAUACUUCAUGGACACCCAUGCACCUCCCCCACAUGUGUGGGCAAUCGCGCCGUUGGUCGGUCUCUAUCUCCUCGCCUAUAAUGAAGGUCGAAAAUACCUCAUCAGGAACUAUCCGAAGAGUAAAUUCAUAAAACUUGUAAAAUGG